AUGAUUUGCCGUAAAAUUUAUCGAACAUAUUCUUGCUGCUUCAGCCAAUGGUGGCGCAGUGUGUACUCCGCCACUGCUCCGCCGCCAUCGGCUGCUGGCGUCGCCGGCGCUCGGAGCGGUAUCUCUGAAAUGGGUUUUAUGCAUCGAUGCGAAGUUAGUGUUUUCAGCGGGACCAGGACAUUGUUUUUCUUAAGGAAUCCUAGUGGUGGAAAUGCUUCGAGCAUUUCAUUCGGGACAAAAUGUCGUAAAUUUACGACUCAAGCAGUAUCUGAUCUUCCAACUGAUGGUGUGGUUGAUAUUCCGUUGGCCCAAACUGGUGAAGGUAUUGCAGAGUGUGAGCUUCUUAAAUGGUUUGUGGACGAGGGGGACCAAGUUGAAGAAUUUCAGCCGCUUUGUGAGGUCCAAAGUGACAAAGCAACCAUAGAGAUUACGAGCCGAUACAAAGGAAAAGUAUUGAAAUUUCUCCAUGUUCCGGGCAGUAAUGUAAAGGUGGGUGAAACUCUUUUGAAAAUGGUUGUUGAUGAGAAUGCUUUCUCAAGUCAAAGUACCGAGGCUCCAGAGGUUAUAAAUGCACAGGACAUAAGUAUAACUGGAUUGGACGCUGUUGAUUUAGGGCUCAAAAGAGCAAAGGCUGGUGGAGUGCUGUCCACACCAGCUGUCCGUAAUUUUGCAAAACAGUUGGGUGUAAACAUUGAGGAUGUGAUUGGAACUGGAAAAGAGGGAAGAGUGUUGAAAGAGGACGUCUUAAGUUAUGCAACUAGUCAAGGCAUUUUCAAAGAAAGCUCGGAAUUCUCGAAUGCAUCUUGUGGUGAACAAUAUGUUCAAGAUCAUCAGAAAUUACCCUAUAUUUCGCCGCCAUAUAAAUUGGAGUUCGAUAGAACUAUUCAACUGAGGGGCUUCCAGCGUGCAAUGGUUAAGUCUAUGACAUUAGCCGCAAAAAUCCCGCAUUUUUAUUAUGUUGAUGAGAUAAAUUGCAAUGCUUUAGUUGAGCUGAAAGCCUCUUUCCAGAAUGAAAAUUCUGACCCAAGUGUCAAGCAUACUUUCCUGCCUUCCUUGAUAAAGUCCCUAUCAAUGGCACUUAGCAAAUAUCCAUUGCUGAAUAGUUGCUUUAGUGAGGAAUUGCAAGAGGUGACCCUCAAAGGGUCGCACAACAUUGGGAUAGCUAUGGCUACUCCACACGGCCUUGUAGUGCCGAACAUAAAGAAGGUCCAUACUCUCUCGAUCUUGGAGAUAACAAAGGAAUUGUCACGGCUACAACAGUUGGCCUUGGCUAACAAGCUUAGCUCUGAUGAUAUAACCGGAGGAACUUUUACCCUAAGCAAUAUUGGUGCAAUCGGUGGGAAAUUCGGCUCCCCUCUUAUCAACGUUCCGGAAGUUUCAAUAAUCGCGAUGGGAAGAAUCCAGAAGGUUCCUAAAUUUGAUGAUGACGAAAAUGUGUAUCCUGCAUCAAUCAUGACAGUAAAUAUAGGUGCUGAUCAUAGAGUUCUCGACGGGGCUACUGUAGCAAAGUUCUGCAAUGAAUGGAAGAUAUAUAUUGAAAAGCCUGAACUUAUGAUGCUGCACAUGAGAUAA